AUGAUACUUCCCACAGAGGCUGAGAGAGUAAGGAGGUUUGUUAAGGGGCUGAUUAUUCCAAUUCGUCUAGGAGUUUCUCAGGUUGCUGCUUCUGGUGUUCCAUUCCAGAAAGUGGUAGAUGCUGCUAAGGAGUUGGAGAUGAUUCGACGUGAGGGAUUUGAGCAGCGAGAGGGCAAGAGGACUCGUUAUUUAGGUUAUUAUGGUGGUGCUCCGCCUAGGAGUCGGGGUUACUUGAGCAGAGGUUAUCACCCUCAGUCCAGCAGACCCAUUCAUGCUGCUAUACCAGCGUCUGAGGCUGGUUACGCUGAGCAUAACUCUUCGAGCUCGGUACAUACUUUGCAGGGUUCAUCUUCUAGACCUGUAGUUCGUGGAGGGCAUUCUGGUCAUUCGGGUUCCUCUCAUCAGCCUGCGUCUCGUAGGGGUUGCUUUGAGUGUGGUGAUAUGGGAAACUUUGUGAGACAUUUCCCUAGGACCAGACGUGGAGGCUUACGUCAGGGUUCUCAGGCUUCGACUUCCAGGGCUGCACAACCUCCAGCUAGGGGUGGUGCACAGAAUGGUAGAGGUGGUUCUCAUUCAGGUAGAGGUGGUUCUCCUUCUGGUCGAGGUGGUGGUUGA